GAAAGGGGGCUUGGUGAACUUACUUUGAAUCUUCUGAUUUAGAAAGACCAGUAAGUGGUAAAGGGUAAGAAUUAUAGAGAACAUCUGCCUUUCACUUUUGAAUUAGGGAAAAAUUCCUCAAUGUGCCUCUAGAUGGAGGUCAUGUAGAAGAGAGUAAGGCUUUGGCAAAGAAGGCAAAUAAUGAAAGGGCUAUUUACUCAUCUAGUGACAAGAAUCUCGUUGGAUCUCAAGUGGUUUACAAGAAUCCUAGGUGUCCAAGUAGUCAAAUAAAGAUAUUUCAAAGCAGCACGAACCUGUGCUUUCUGAAAGCUGUAGCUUUGAGUAAACAGAGUUGUGGUUUUCAUGUGCUACCAAAGCUUCCUUUUUCUGUUACAAAAUGUAAGUCUCUUACAAAUAUGGGUGACUGCGUUUUAGAUUACUACUGAUAAGCUGAAGUGAAGGUUUGGUAAUAAGAAAGGCAUCAUUUUGUGUAAUAUUAUUCUGUUUUAAUAUAUGAGAAAAUGCUUGUAUGAACAGGGAGAAAUAGGGCUUGACAAUAAGGACUGCCUGAUGGCCUGGGUCCAGUGUGAAAGACGCUCGGGACAGUUGACGAAUUUGUCACUGGCCUAAUUUGUCACAGUUGACAAACUACUGUUAACAGAAGCCAGAGACGCUAAAGAAGAAAGAAAAGAGGUGAAAAUGCUGUAGCAGGCAGAUCAAGAUCACUGUUCAGAAUGCACAAAAUAUUGGAUAAAAAUUCUAAAUAUUGAAUUGGGGGUAGGGUUUAUAUGAAUGUAUUUCUGAGGGGAACUGACUGUUUUCAGAAAUGUUCACAUGCUGUUUUCUUUUCAUUUUGCCUCUGUGUGAUGCAUUUAAAUUAGUGUUAAUACCCACAGCACUGCUUUGUUUACAGCGGUCCACACAUCACUACUGUGUAUGAAUGACAAUGUUAUGUUGUUUGAAGCAUGCCUCCAACAUAUUUUUUCAUGGGUCCCCUGAGCUCUGACUGCAUCGCUCAAGUUGUUUCUGCCCUAAAUAUAGAUUUGGCUUUACCCUACAAUGUCAAAUGUAACUUGAAUCCGUAAGUUAAGUCACAGCAAGUCAGUUGCUGGCUGACCGGUUGAGUUCCUCUCACUCUGUGCCACACUGCCUGAUGGAGUCUGUGGGAGCAUUGUGCAGUCCCACUGGGGCCAGCUCCAACAUACUGAGCUUGCCAGCAUCCUGCCCCUGGGAUGAGGACGAAGAGUCACUGGGUCUGGAAGGGAUCAAGCCUAAAUCUUCCCCCAUACCAAGACGACGGAGUUCAGCGUCCUCUGAUGACUCCUUGCUUCCCUCUUCCAGCAGCAGAAGAGUGUCCUUUGCUGAUGCCUUCGGUUUGAGUCUCGUCUCAGUGAAACAGUUUGAUACUUGGGGAGCAACUGACCCAUCAGGCUCUAUGGAGAGUGACUUGAAUGAAGAUAAGGAGUAUUACAUGGUUCCUCUCUUCACUCUUCCACAGACCUCUGAGGAACUAGCCCUGCGGGUUCACAAGCAGAAGCUAGAACUGGAGAGUUUGGAGUUGGUUUCUGGGACCACAACCCUAAGAGGAAUCAUUCGCGUACUGAAUAUUUGUUUUGAUAAGAUGGUCUGUGUACGUACCUCUUUAGAUUCAUGGAAAAGUCAUUUUGAUCUGUUGGCAGAGUACGUACCUGGGUCAAGCAAUGGUGGGACGGAUUGUUUCUCCUUCAAACUCACACUAGGACCCCCAUUUGGAGAAGAGGGCACUAGGGUUGACUUCUGUUUGCGAUAUGAAACAUCUUUAGGCACUUUUUGGGCAAAUAACAAUGAAAAUAACUACUCUCUGUUUUGUUGGGAAAAAAUAAAGGAGAAAUCCCAAAAUGAAAAUGAAAACAGAAGAAAAAGCUGUCUGAAAACAACCAGCCCAGAAGUCUCUGCUUUGACUGUUGCAGCAACAAAUAAUGAAGAAUUUCCUGUUAUAAAUCUAAAUUCUGGAUCUCUGAAUGAAAACAAGAAACUUGAAAAGGAAAGCAAGGAAUUAGUGGAGGAAAUAAGCAGAAACCACAGCCACAGAAGCAGAAGAAAGGCUGCACGAUUAGCAAAUGUUAAGGAGCACUUUGCUAAGAGGGAAGAAGAAAAUAAACAAGGGACCAAGACAAAAGAUAGUGAAGUUACAGCAGAGACAAGCAUGUAGGAACAUGUAUCAUUGCUGGAGAAGACACCUUACAGUCCCCUAACACAACAUACUGCUCGACCACCAACAUGUAACCAAACAAGUCCCUAAAAUCUGGAGAUUUAGAAUUUCAGUCUAGUGGAGAUUCCAUUGACAUCUUAAGCCAAGCUUUAACACAAGAUGAAGAAGACAACAUAAUCCACUCCAAGACUAAUUUAUCCACAGAAAACACAAAUUUACCCCUGGAAGACUCCAUCAGUUGUGAUGAAUCAAUUGCAUGCUCAGAUUCUGAGGUCCUGGAAGACAUCCAACAUACUGAGUGCAUUACUGACCAAACAGUUUCAAUCAAUCAGGCUGUUCUGUAAGCCAAAAUACUGAAUUGUCUGUUUGCAAGUAUGUUGAAAAAGCAUGGAAGGACUUUGAGAAGGAUGCUAAGCAAAGAAUUAAAAGUUUUGCACUAAGCUCUCAGAUGCAUGAGGGCACAAAUAUUAGCGAUGGCAAACCAAGAGAAUGUGAGUUUAAAAACUAAUUCAGAACCUCAGCUGUGCUCCCAUGGCUUCACAUUUGGGACCAUUGUAUUCCCACUUUAUCAUCAGGUUUUUAAAAACAUGGAAACAGAGAGACAAAACUUCUUUCCAAAACCAUUGGAUAGGUCAUUUAGGGAACUGGAGGAUGAGAGUCAAAGAGCGUUGAAAGCCCAUGAGACUCCAAACAUUUGGCCAGAGUCUUGCAUAUCUACAAAACAGACUUCAGUUGCUGGCUGAAUCAGCAGAACAGAACCCACAACAUACAGUAAACCCAACCAAAAAAACCUUUCUGAGCCAAAUCAGUGUAAACAUGUUGAGAAGGCAGAAGCUUCUUACAAUCACAAUUAUUAUACUGGUGGUAUCUGAGAGUACCCAAGAGACAUCAAAUUUACUGAAACAAACCUUCCAAAAUUUACAUCCAGGCAGCCAGAUCCUCCACUUGGAGAAGUUUCAACAGUGUGCACACAAGCUUUCACUGAAUGCUCGUUCCAGGAUGAUUCUUGCCAAAGUCUGUGUUUAUUUCCCCUACAAGGACCAGAACUUUUAGCCACUACAAAUCAAACAAUAGAGUCAGGUAUUGACAGCCUACCUGAACAGAUCCAUCCUUCAUCACCCACAGAGGUUUUCAAAACUUCAUCAUGUUUGGAUAAUCAGAGGUCCUGUAUAAAAUCUGAAAAGUCACAAAACCAUGAAGACCCCACAAAUAUCCACACCAUAUAACCCAGACGUGCAAUCUGGGGUUAUAUGAAGCGACGGGAACAACUUUUGUAAGCGAAGAAAACAAAAAUAACGACUUUAUUCAAUAAUUCCCUUCACAAAAUUAUCCUCUGUGUCUCUCCAUAUCACCAUAUGCUGCAUAUG